GUUUUCGGGUUCAAAACCAAAAACAAAAAGAACAGAAUGUCAGGAUAACCUGGUUUCUUCUGUCAAGCAGUAUGUCUGAGAAUCCAUUACAGGUUCUCGUUCAAACCUUUGAGAAGGUUUCAUAUUCCAUUCAACAUCACCUUACUAGGUUCAUAGGCCUUCAUCUCCAGCCAGUUUCGUCUGCUAAAGCCCCGCUUUUUUCCAUCUCUUCUUCCCCCCACAAAUUCCAAUCUGCGAAAGCUGAUUCUUUUGUCCAACCCGAUGAUAUCCUUCUUAAGAUAAAAUCUGCUGCUACACCAGUGACUAAAGAGGAGCUUGGAAGGGCUACUUGGACUUUUCUUCAUACUCUUGCUGCUCAGACUUCUCAACAACGUGGUCUCUUUUCUCAGUAUCCAGAUAAUCCUACAAGGCAACAAAAGAAGGAUGUAAAAGAACUGAUGGGAAUCUUAUCUCGAAUGUACCCUUGCAAGGAAUGCGCAGAUCACUUUAAAGAAGUUUUAAGGGCAAAUCCAGUACAGGCUGGAUCUCAAGCUGAGUUUUCCCAAUGGUUAUGUCAUGUGCACAACGUUGUUAAUAGAAGCCUCGGCAAACCGAUAUUUCCCUGCGAACGAGUGGAUGCAAGAUGGGGCAAACUGGAGUGCGAGAAGAAUGCCUGUGAAGUUCUUGGAAGUACAGGUUUUGAUGGAGAUUAAACGAGCUGGAAUCCAAAAUUGUUUGAUGUACAAAUGGGACAAAAAUGUUAUUUUAUUGACAUGUUUCAUGAGACUAUCUUGGUUUUAUACUUUUAUUAGUAGGAGAAUUAUAAUAAGAUUCUAAAGAA